UUUUCAGUUGCAAACCAUGGACAAAAACUUUGAGGCAGCAAUGCUCUAUAAAAUAUGCUACAUGGCUCAAAGUGUUCAAGCUGGUGUACCGUUGGGGCUUGCCACGAGUGCACACAGAUCGGCUCCAAAUGCUCUUACUGCAACAAAAACCAUUUCUGAGGGAAGAGUUAAAAACCUAUUGCAAGACGGAACUUUGCAAAAUCAGCCGAUUUCUGAGCAACUUGGCGAAACUCGUGCUUCUACACAUUCUGGCUCAAUUCCGUUGGAAACGAAAAAUGUCAAUCCGUCAGCCCGCUCAGUUUCAGGUUGCUCCGGGUCUCGAGUGGAUUUGCCAAGAAAGCCUGCACCUCCUGCAGAUCAUUCAAAUAAGGAACUUCCACUCUUGAAAUCGUCAAAGUCUGAAAUUCGCGAGGGAGGAAAUCAAGCUGCUACCCAACAUAUUCAAGAAUCCCUCUCCAUGCCUCUGCAAUUCAAAGCUCAAACUGCUGCAGAACAGGAAAUUACCGGUUUCCUACUUUUGAAACUGUGGAGACACACUAUUCAUCAAUAUCAAGAGAAUUUUCUCCAAGGAACCAAAAUCCCCACUUCAGUGAUUGAUAAAGCAUUACGAUGCUUAUUUGAAAGAAGGAUUUCACAGAAGUCGGAUCCCACAAAAUCUCUGCAAGAUGUUCCUGAAACCGUUAACCAACCGGAAAUUGCAUUCUUCAAUAGUCUUCCUCAAUCCAUAAUAGAUCACUACGAAACUUGGGCUACAGGAUUGUUCAUGGCGCGCCAAUCGAUCCCACAAAACGAAUGCCAAAUUCGCAUGCAGACCAGUUUUGAACAAAUGCUCACCGAUUUUCAAAGUCCUCUUCAACCGAUGGUUCAUCAAGAACGUGUGCCACAACUUCAACAACUACAGAUCGAAAAGAAGACUCUAAAGGGCUCUCGGGAACAAGGUAUGGAGCAAUCAAAUUCAUUGGCUGUGCAUCCAACAACAGUCCAAGCCGAGUCCCAAACCGUCUCCAAAGAUUCGUGCACACCUGGAUCCCGAGCACUGCAGCAACCAGCUCAAUCGAUUGACAUCGUUGAUAAGGAACUACACAAUUCUCCAGCAAAAAUCCUGAAUCUCUUUGAUGAACUUCCAAAGGACACUCUAUUGAAGAUGCUACAAAUGUUGAACCAGAAAAAGGAACACGAAGAGCUUCACCAGUCCGAGAAGUACAUGUUGGAUUCGAUACUGAAAUCUUUGUCAGUACGAAUCGAUCUUGGGCCAGCUGAGGUCGAAUCUACACCAAGAAAUCACCCAGCCAAGAAGGAUCAAUUGGGUGAACCUAUCCCUUCCCGAUCUUCGGUCCCGACUCCAGGAUAUCUCACCCAAGAGCCACUUCCAUCUUCACUUCCAUUUCAAAUCGAUAAAACCACUUUGCAACAAGAUUCCAACGUUAUCAACCAUUUUGCAGUGACCAAACAUCAGAUGGAGCAAUUGGAUUUGCGUCCCGAAACUGUGCGAUCAAACUCAAAAGAUCAGAAACACCUGGACAGCUCCGACUUUAGUUGGGCUGUAGACCAAGAAAGCUAUGAGACAGACGAUGAAGAUAUUGAGGAAGACUAUGAGCUUGCAAACUUGGACGACAUACCACUUCCACCACUUCCGUUCUACCCACGUGUACGCUCCGCACCAAAGUAUAUUCGAAAAGCUGCUCUGAUUGCUCUUAAAAUGGAAAAUCUUUUGUAAUGUAUUUGUUUAUAUGUGCCAUUGAAUAUUUAUUUUGUAUAUGUUUUAUUAUUUGAAGAAAUCAAGGUUCUGGCA